AUUUACGCAUAAAUUUCAAUUAAAUAAAUCAAAAUUUUGUAAUACUAAAAGAAUAUGUUGAUCUUUCAAAUAGUUUUCUUAAUUUGCUACGUUACUUAUACGCAAGCGUUCUCGUGUGAAUGGGAUUGUCCUUUAAAUGCCGUAUGUACAGGCCAGGACAUAUGUACCUGUGUGACAGGCUACGAAGCCAUAAUCUCAGAAGAGGAUGGUCUACCACAUUGCGAGUUGAGGAAUAAAACAACCAAUAAGGGUGAAUUCGAACUUGCAGAUUAUAGAUACAUACCAGAUAUAUGGGAAUUUUUUAGUGACGAAGAUAGUACAAUUGAAAUAACAGAUGAAAGUGAAACAACCUCAACGACAACAGAAUAUGAAUUCGAAUUUCAUACGGAAUCAGCCUAUUCAACUGAAAUAACAGAUGAAAGUGAAACAACCUCAACGACAAAACAAUAUGAAUUCGAAUUUGAAGAUUAUGGCUAUACACCAGAUAUGUGGGAACUUUUUAGUACUGAGCAGGAAACUGAAACAAAUUUUCAAGAAGAACUUAAUACUGAAAUUCUUUUAGACGAAGAUAGUACGGAAUCAGCCUUUUCAACUGAAAUAACAGAUGAGAGUGAAACAACCUCACGACAGCCUAUUCAACUGAAAUAACAGAUGA